AUGCUUGUUUUCGACCCAACAACAAGGAUUGACGCUUGCAAUACCUUAUUGGACCCAUUUAUAGCUGCCUAUAAUGACCCCUCAGAUGAGCCCGCUGCAAAAAAUAAGUUUGAUUGGAGCUUUGGUGAAGACCAGCGAGACUUGGAAGCAUGGAAAUUCAUGAUACUCUCGGAAGCUUUGGACUUUUGUUUCGUUGAACCCGCGGUGGAGAGUUUGGCUUCGUAA